AUGGAGCUUCUCCAUUCUGCUAAGGCUUCUGUUCUUGUUAACGGGUCCCCUACUGAUGAAUUUCAAAUCCAACGUGGUCUACGAAAAGGUGACCCCUUGUCCCCUUUUUUAUUCAUUCUGGUUAUGGAAGGGCUUCAUGUAGCUUUACGGAAAGCUCAUAAUGCAAGCAUGUUUCAUGGCAUUUCUAUUAGUGAGAUUGAUAUCUCACACUUGUUUUAUGCUGAUGAUGUUAACCUGAUGUCAAAUUGGGACACAAAUGAUCUUGAAUCAUUCGUUAAGGUAGCGGCUCGUAAGGUUGGGUGUGCUCCUGAUACUUGUCCUUUUAUUCAUCUUGGAGUCCCUAUUGGUUGGAAAGUGAAAUGCCCUUCGUCUGGAGGUCGCCUCUCUUUGAUCAAAGCGGUUCUUGGAAGACUUGGUAGUUACUUGAUGUCUAUCUUCAAGGUUCCAAUCUCUGUUGUUAACACCUUGGAGUCUCUUCGAGCUAGGUUCUUCUGGGGUGUUGACUUAGAUGAAAGAUGCAUGCACUGGAGAUUCUUUCAUAAUCCGGAUCUGAUAUGGGUUAAAAUUGUCAAAGCUCUUUAUGGUCCGAAUGGUGGUUGUAGUUCUCUCUCUCAUAGAAGAGGCUCGAUUGGUCCAUGGAAUGGUGUUAUUCGGACACUGGUGCAUCUUAAUAAUCGUGAUCUUGACCUCAGGCCUUUUAGUCCUAUUAGAGUUGGUGAUGGAAAUAUGACUUCUUUCUGUCAUGAUGUGUGGAAGGGGGAUACCCCCAUGGUUGCUUCUUUUCAUAGGAUUUAUGCUCUUGAUCUUCAUAAAUCUAUAUUGGUCUGUGAUAAAGUGCAUCUUGGAUGGGAUUCUGAUUGUCUUAGGCGGGCUCCUAGAGGGGGUAUUGAGGAGACUCAAUGGACUGCUUUCACUACCUUAAUGCAAGGGGUUCUUCACCAUUCCACUCCAAAUCAUUUGGGGUGGACUAUUGAUGUUUCAGAUUCCCUUACUGUUUCUUCUCUUAGAGCUUUUUUCUGGAUAGUCAUAUGUUUCAUUUGGGGGGUCCUGAAACUCAUUGGAAUAAUUGGGUGCCUAUCAAGGUGA